AGAUGCUUCUCUUCUUAGUGGCUGUGAUCACGGCGGCUCUGAACGGGCAGUGGAUCGGUCCGGCUUCCACGGAGGUGAUGUUCCAGAUGCGGGCGGUGGAGGAGGAGCACGGCCUGGGGAACCAGGUCGGGCUGGGCAGCGAGAAGGAGGAGUACGCUAAACUCAGAGAGAAGGACCCCAAGUACAAAGCCUUCAAACGCACCUUCGGGAAAUACCACGGGAUGUCCAUGCUCUGCAACCUGAUCGGGUUCCUCUGCACCACCAGCAACCUGAUCUACACCGCGCUCAACCUGUCCACCAUUUAGAGGACAGUAGAUCACCAUGGACUUUUGUAUGGUUCAAAAUAGCCAAACAUUAAAGUGUAAAGACAUCAUGUUCAUGUG